GGUGCCUGAUCUGCGCGGCAACGGCCGCAGCGACCGCCCCAACUAUUGGGACCGCAAGACAUGGUGGACGGUGGACGAGCACCUGCUGAUCGACUUCCCGACGGUGGUCAACGCCGUGCUGGCACUGAGCGGCGCCGCCCAGCUGCACUGGGUCGGCCACUCCAUGGGCGGCAUGCUCGCCGUCGGCGCGCUCUCCCGCGGCCUCGAGUGCGCGUCCGCGCUGCGCUCCGUCACGCUGCUCGCCAGCGGCUGCUUCGGCGCCGGCAGCUGGCACUCGUUUGUCGGGAAGCACGUGUCGCGGCUGACGCGCGCGGGGUUCCACGCCGGCCACAUUGUGCCCUUCACCGCGGGCCUCCGCGGGCUGCUGGCGCCGCUGGCCUGGGCGGUGCAGGGCCUCUUCUACGUCCACGACAACGUGGACCCCUGCAUCGCCCGAAAGCUGCUCGGCAGCUUCCUCAGCUUCAUCCCCAGCGGCGUGGUCGCGCAGUUCAUGGGGUCGCUGAACAGCCCCCUGGGCAUAUCCUCGUCCGAUGGCACCUGGAACUACGCCGACCCCAAGGUGCUGGCGCACACCACCACGCCCGUCAUGGCCAUCAACGGGGACCGCGACCUGUUCUGCCCCGCGGCCGGAGGGCUCAAGACGGUGAACCUGUUUGGGGGCCCGCACAGGCGGUUCCUCUUCCUUGGCCCCGAGUACGGCACCACCAAGCACCACUACGGCCACUUCUGCCCCUUGGUCGGGCGCGACGUGCCCACAGAGGUGUUCCCCCACAUCGAGGCCUUCAUAUCGGAGUUUGACGCGCCGCAGCCGCCCUCCGCGGGCGCCCCGCAGCAGCCGCGCGCCGCGGCGCCGGCCAUGCCCGUGCCCGUGGCGGUGCCACCGAUCGGCGCGCGGCCGUGA